CUUAGCAACAUAGGAUUGAAUGUAAUCAACCGCACGGAUGCGAGUGUCCGGUUAUUGGAGCAACAUAAACAUAUCGACGCGAUCACAAUGGCUUAGAUUCAAGCCUACAGAGCAAACAUUCAAUUGUCGAAUGUCGCUAGUUCGGCCGUGUGUAAACAGAGAGUAAACAAUGGACCACGUAAUGCGUAACAGAUACGCGUCGCCCAAACAGAUGGAUAUAAGUUAGAUUUUUCACUUCAGAACCGCACUAUUAUAUCAGUUUCCCGGAAUCCCACACGUAGUGCAGUUGAAAAAUAAAUCUUUCGCGCUUUGUUUAUUCGGGCCGCUUAUUUGAGUUGAGUGAAGUGUUUGAAAAAAAUUUCCACAAGACGCUAACGUAGAUGUAUUUUCGCUGGAAGACCGAGGAGCGCGCGCCUGUGAACAACACUGCGCGUUUUGUAAAACUCGGCGCAGUAACGAAGCUUGUUAGUGCACUUUAGUAAGAAGAUUGUCUGCAGGAGCGAAGACACCUUCACAACGAGAGCACAAAUGGAACUAAUGAGUUCCCUGUUGUUCUGCGCGCUAGUCGCACACUUGCCGCAAGCCUUAGGUAUGAUCCCUGACACAAGACUUCGAAAUACAGAUUUGGAUAUAAAAUUCAACAACUCAAUGAUGAUUCAUCAAAAGCCGAUGCAAAAGAAGAUACUACUAAACAUCAAUGGACCACCGCUAGUGAACAUGGUCACCGACCUGCAAAUAGUGUUCAUGGACGUCAACUGUAGGAAAUGUAUCGACUGCAUGGAACGAGCCAUCAAAGCGUACACAUCACACUACCACAUCGUGAAAACCCGACCACAAUACGACGAACUACAUGAAGAAGUAUUAAAAAAACGAAUAUUACAGGCUGACCGAAAGAAAAGAGAAACACAAUCUACAACAGAAAAAUAUAGCACUAAAAUAAAAAGAAAUAAAACAAAAAAGACGAAGGCAGUGUCAGUAACUAAAUUCAACGUGGACGGAGAAGUGUAUGCCCUGAAAAUAAAAGAAACGAAUACACUAGUAAGCCCAGAUCAACAAAACGACACUCAAGUGUCUUGCCAAUUCUACAGCGUUAAGAAAUCUUUCCCUUGCGAUGCGCCAGACGCCGAAACAUUUUUGAUGGUUGCAAAGAGGAAGGUAAAUAAGAAAAACAAGAGAGAAAAGGAAAGAAAUAAGGCUGCAGCAAGUACUACAGAAAGCCCACAUUUCAUGGCGCCGGCCUUUAGAAAAAGACAAGUGGACAAUUCACAAGUGCCAGAGAAUUUUAUGCCCUCUAUAGAGGAACUUUAUUAAUGUUAUUGCCUUAGAUUAAGGCUUUGUUACUGAUAUUUUUGUUUAUAAUUUUUGUAAUUAAAUGUAUAAGACAAUUAAAGAAUAUUUUGUGUCACUUAUGUCAUAUUUUCUUAGCUAAAUAAGUAUUGUUAUUAAAAUCUAGUCACUAUAAUAUUUUUUCAUUUUAUCAGGGUUUGUUUUUUUUUUGUAUAAUGGAAAAGAAGACACAUAAAAUGAAAUAGUAAUUUGCACGUAAUAUUACUUGAAAAUAUUUAAGAACAUAAUUUCAGA